AAAAUCGUGGCUCUGAACAGGAUAGGAGGGUGAUUCUCUGGAUUCCGUCAUCAGAAAUAUUUAAAAGGCUGUGCAGCUCAUCACGAUUCAUUACAUUAGUUUCCUUCGAAUCCUAGUUGUUGAAACAAGCAGUGUUAGUGGUGAUUUCUCAUCAGUAAAUCAUUUCAAAAUGAGUGAUCGAGACAUUUUUGCCAAAACAAUCUACGCAGAGGCAAGAGGUGAACCACAAGAAGGUUGGGAAGCAGUUGCCUGGGUUAUCAAGAAUAGAGCCCAUGCAAAUCGUCGACACUGGGGAGGUAGCAGAAUAGGAGCAGUCUGUCGCCAACCUUACCAAUUUGAGUGUUGGAAUGGUCGUGAUGACAUUGUCAUCGAUGAUCCUGCUUUGUACAGAAGGAUCAAACGAGUAACUGAUCGUAUUUAUGAUGAGCCAAUGAGUCGUGAUCCUACUGGUGGUUGUGACCAUUACAAUAAUCCUCAAAAGGAAGGUUAUCCUGAUUGGACAAGAAAAUGCAAUCGCAAAAUGGAAAUAGGAAAUCAUGUAUUCUACAAAGAAAAAUGAAAAGUUUUCAUUUGUUCAAAACUACCUCCUUGCACAAUCUCUUGAUUAUUAAUAACCUUUUUUUAUGGAUGUACUAAAAGUUAUAUAUUCGCAAUAAAAUUUGUUCAAAAGAG